UUGAUUAGCUUAUAUAUAAGCAUCUAACGCCUUUAAAAAAAUAAAAAUUAAUGGAAUAAAUUAUAAUUUUAUUCAUUUUUUUAAAAGAAAAUGAAAAUUGGAUAUAUUAGUGCUAAUCAGUAAUGAUUUCAUAAUGUAAAAUAAUAGUUACAAAAAUUUACCUUUUUCUUUUUUGUUCAUUGAAUCAAUAUGAGUAUGUCUGUUAAGAAAUCGAAAUAUAAGUUUCAGUGGGGAGUAUUAACAAGAACAAAAACUAUAUCAGAAAAUAACGAUAAAGACAACUUGAAACGAAUUUUAAACCUUUUUGACUUGACUGCAAUUGGUGUCGGUGCUACUUUAGGAUGUGGUGUAUACGUAUUAGCAGGUGCAGUAGCAAAAUCUAUUGCUGGACCCGCCGUAGUGUUAUCUUUCAUGGUAGCAGCAGUGGUUUCUGCUUUUUCUGGACUAUGUUAUGCUGAAUUCGCUGGUCGAGUACCACAAGCAGGAUCAGCUUAUAUUUAUAGCUAUGUGACAGUUGGCGAAUUUCCAGCUUUUAUCAUUGGUUGGAAUCUUAUAAUUGAAUAUAUUAUAGGAACAGCAGCCGUUGCUAAAGCUAUGUGUAAUUAUGUAGACUCACUUUUGGGCUAUCCGCAAGAGCAAAUUAUGACUGAGUAUUUUCCAAUUCAUGUUAGUUUUUUAGCAAAUUACCCCGACAUAGCUUCGUUUAUAGCAGUUAUUUUAGUGACAUCUCUUCUAGCAUGGGGCGUACAAGAAUCAACUAUUCUAAAUAGUAUAUUUACAACAAUAAAUAUACUAACAGUUAUUUUAGUAAUUGUAUCAGGAUUUUUUCAAGUUAAUUUUUCUUAUUGGUCUAUUCCAAAAAAUUCAAUACCAGAAACAAUAAAUGGUGGAAAUGGAGGGUUCUUACCAUUUGGAUGGACUGGUGUAGCAGCAGGAUCUGCAAAAUGUUUUUAUGCUUUUAUUGGAUUUGAUUCAAUUGCAACAACUGGUGAAGAAACAAAAAAUCCUAAGAAGACUAUUCCGUUAGCAAUUAUGACUUCACUUUUUAUUGUUUCGGUCGCUUAUUGUGGAGUUGCUACAGUUUUAACUCUCAUGCUACCCUACUAUUCACAAGAUUCAAAGGCACCACUCCCUCAUCUUUAUGAUUUAUUAAACAUGCAAUUAAUUAAAUAUUUAGUCAGUGGAGGUGCACUGUUUGCUUUAAGUGCAAGUUUGCUGAGUGCGAUGUUCCCAUUACCUCGUAUAUUAUACGCAAUGUCUAAAGAUGGCUUAUUGUUUAAUUUUCUUUCAAAAGUUAACCCUACUACAAAGACUCCAAUAAUAGCAACAAUUAUCAGUGGAGUUUUUUCAGGUACAUUGGCUACUAUAUUCAAUCUUGACCAACUCAUUGAUAUGGCUUCUAUAGGUACUUUACAAGCGUAUACAAUUGUCUGCAUAAGCAUUUUAAUUCUGCAUUACAAUGAUGAUACUUUAUCAAAUGAAAAUUAUAUCUUUAGAACGAAGAAAAAUAUUACUUCAAAGUUGUUUCAUCUAUCUUAUUUAAAAACAACAAAUUCCGAUACCCAAUAUGUAUCACGAAUUCUUAUUGCGAUAUUUUGUUUUAGUUCAUUGGUAUUUGGUUUUAGUUUAUCAAAGUUCGAAAAUUCUUCAAAUGAAAAUAUUACUUAUGGAUUGUGUACGAUAUCAGCUUUAAUUUUAGUUAUUACAUUAAUGAUGUUGAGUGCGCUUCCAAAAGUAAAAGAAGAUCUUUCUUUUAAGACUCCAUUAGUUCCAUUAAUUCCAUGUCUGAGCAUAGUAUGGAAUACAUAUUUCAUGAUGAUAUUGGAUUACAAAACGUGGGUACGUUUCAUAUUUUGGCUUAUAUUUGGUUUAAUAACAUAUUUUUGCUACAGUAUCAAUCAUAGUACUGAAAAUAAUAAAGAACUAUUAAAAGACAAUAGAGAAGUUAAAAAUAAAACAACAAUUUAACCAUUUUAUAAAAUAUUUUAUGAACCCUGAAUAUGCAACUAAGAAUUAAAAUCCUUUUGUUAAAAAAAAUUAUUUUUAAUGUAUCAGCCAUGCUUGUAUGUUUUUUAUUAAUUAUAUAAUGCAAUAAAAUUGUAUCUCUUCAA